AUUAACCUCCUCCUUAUAGCGAAUGUCGAUAACUCACACUGAAUGUCAAAAAAGUGCGCAUGGUCCGCAUCUGGGGGUCGAAACUUACCAACAUUUCCCACCGAAACUCCAAACAUGAUCCAUCCCUUGAAAUCAAGACUAGGUACAGCCUCAGAAAACCCCUCCCCCAAGCCAAUCUCUAUUGCCUCAGAAACCCCUCAUCCGUCCAUGGCGCUCUACCCGCUCAGGCAAGUAGAUGAAGUCCCUUGAGUCAGCAAUCGGCCCCGUGGUCUGCGGCGGCGUCUCGGCCCGCGCCGGCUCCCGCCGCACCCUAUCCCGGUGCCACCAGCAGCCGCCGAGGACGAUGGC